CACACACACACACAGAGCAAUAAGCCAUUGUCCAUUCCAGAGCAAUUAUUCAUGCUGGCAUGAGAAAAGAGGUGGAGCUACACUCGGCCAAUCUCCCACCAGCCCCUCCACACACACACACACACACACACACAGUGGAGCGAGAGACAGCACGCUCAUGGCUGGAUCACACCGCUGCUCCUGCGCUUGAGGACACAGAGGCCAGACAAAGGCAGGCGUGAUGGGGCAGCUGUGCUGCUUCCCUCUCUCCAGACCGGAGGAUAAGCUCAAUCUUCUGCAAAGCAGGCAGCGUGCUGCACAGACAAGUGUUAAGAAGGCCCCGGCGCCGGACGAUGAGGAGUUAGUGAGUCUGAGUAAGCGGCUGGUGGAGGAUGCUGUGUUUCGGGCCGUGCAGCAGUACAUGGAGGAGACUCAGCAGAACGGCGCUGCACCAAGAGACGAGGCUCCGCCGGGGGCCGCCAGCAAACUCAACACCACCAAAUGAGCGUGCGAGCCCUGAGCUGACCCCCGAGCCGACCGGCGGAGAGCUGCAAACACCUCCACCUGCCAGCGGCGUCAGAGCCAAGCGUUGUGGAGCAGGAGUGAAGCCACGAUCAGGGCGGAUCUCUGGACAAACACUGACCUCAAACUCAACUUUACUUUCCCUGCCUUCCCCGUCCUGCAUCACUCCUGUCUGUGGCAAUUGGUAACACUUUGUUUUGUUGAUCCCUUUUGAGCAUUCUGUCGAUUCUGAGAUUUUCUGAAAGCAUUGCGAUUCUCAAGUCGAUCCUGAGCUUAGUUUUGAACAGCAGAUGGCGAUGCAUGCUUUAGAAACAGACGUACUCCGUUUGUUUCCAAAUCCUUUCACACUUGAAUCUGAAAAAAUCAUUCAUAAAAUUCGGAAGGUUGAAGUGAAUUACAAGGCUGUUAGAGUGCCAUCUGCUGUUAAAAUCAACGCUCAGAAUCCAUCCUCGAAUCGAUUCUCCAUCGAUUUAUCAUCACAGCUCUACUGUUGACUAUAAGUAGCUUUGCACCUAAAGGUCACCUAACUCUCAUUAGAGUAGACUGUGUACUUAAUGUCUGAGAACUAGUGCGGUCUAACCAUUAAUCAGAUCCAAAAGACAUAAUAUAUGUGUGUGUACUGUGAUUAUAUAAAUACACACAUGUGCAUGUAUAUAUUUAAGAGAAAUUGGCUAUAUUACAUAUAGUAUAAAUUCUAUGAAUGUAAAUAUGUACAUGUAAUUAUUUUCAAAAUAUAUACUGUGUGUGCGCGUCUUAAUAUAUACAUAAUAAAUAUACACAAUACACACACAUAUAUUAUGUAAACAAAAUGAUUUUGGAUGUGUUUAAUGGUUUGCCUGCACUAGUGAUAACUCUUUAUAGUGAUGCUGUCCCUAAAGACAUCUAAUGACUUUAUAUAACUUUACAAGUACAUGUGAACUUAUUCAAGCCCUAGCAGUCUACUAAGACUCUACUAACACUCUGGUGAGAGUUCAUUACUUAUAGUCAGUGGAAUAUGUUAAAGGGAGCAUCAAAAUGAAGUGAAACCUCUGACUUUAUUUGUGACGUACCCUUCAGAGACGACUGCUGUAGUGUCCGGAGGCUGUUUCAGUAUGUCAGGGUUGCUCUGUCAUCUUCACAUCUGACAACUGCUCAGUUUGACUGUCCAUGAAGCGCAGACCUGAAGCCUGAUCCAAAGCCAGAGCCGUCAGAACCGCUUAUGAACUCUGAACAUGCUGUUGUGUGUGUGUGUGUGUAACCCUGCAUAUGUGUGUGUCCGAUGAUGAUGUGUGUGUGUGUUGUUUGUGCCAUAGUGUGUGUGUUUGCUCAGAGCAGAAUGGAUCAGGAAAGAGACGCAGGUAAAGGCCAUAAAGACAUUGUUAGCACAGAAACACAUUUGAGCUAAGAAGGAGUCCACACUGAAGCUCAUGGACACACACAACCUUCUCAAAGUAAAGCACACACACACAGACCUUCACCGACGUGCAAAUCUCUCUCACACACACACAGUUCACACUGACAUGUGGCCGGCCUGAAGUAAGCUUACUGUAUGAUUUCUGAGGGAAUUCAAAUGUAUAUGAGCUGAUUAGAUUUGAGUGUUUGGUGUCUAUAAUGCUUCAGAUACGCAGCCACAGUGGCCUUAGGGAAAUCACUCCUGGUUACAUUGCUGAAGAACAUGCCCUUUCAGUUUCGAUUCAUUCAUAGAUGUGUAUUUUCACCAAAAUGUGUCUUUUUAUGCUGAUCCUGUCCUGAACUUUCUUCAGUUCGGCCGUAUCGAGGCCGACGCACUAUGAUGUCAUCGUUUAGCGUUUCGUUUCCCAUCUGCCACUUUUUUACUCUUCAAAAUAAAAGGAGGUGAUGAGA